AUGUUUCAGAAACCAUUUACAGUAAGGAGUGAUACAAGCAUCAGGAAUUCGGAGAAGAAGAAGCUAUUAGCUCGUUUACCUCCCAUUGAUGGUGUCACCAACAAAACGAUGGCUUCUUUAAUGCAUGUGAAAUGCAACAAAGGAGAAAAUGUGAAUGUUUACACAUUCGAUAAAGAACCUUUGUUGUUUACUAUAGUGGGAGAAAAAGUACUCUAUCCUACAGUUUACCUGAUGUGGAGAAUACCAGAAGCGUUUGCUGUACUUGUCAUCAAUGAGUAUGUAUAUCAAAAACUGUUGCAAGGAGCUGAUUUAUUUCUUCAGGGUGUAAUUCGUCCAUUACGACAAACUUUGGAGUUUGGUAGUCAUGCAGCAGUAGCGAUAUCUGUCCUAACAUCAUCAAAUCAGCUUCGAGGUCCUGUAGCUGUAGGAUAUUCGUUAAUGUCAUCGAUGCAAAUGAUAGCAACUGGUAUGCAAGGACCAGGUGUUCGUUUGUUGCACUUCUACGGCGAUCUACUUUGGGAUGUGGGAAGUCACACAAAACCCUUGGAGAUCGCAGUUGAAAGUAUGGGUUUAGCAGAUCCAUCGUUCAGAAGCUAUGAAACUGAAUUUCCAGCUUUGAGUUCCUCAGUUUUGAAUGAAAAUACUGCCGAAGUGCAUGAUAAAGGACAUAAAGAGUCAUCGUUUGAUGCUGCUUUGGAUGAUAGGCAAGAAUAUGAUGAAUUAACUAUUGCUCCGGAAGAGCAGGCUGAAAAAGAAUACAAGGAUUCUGAUACAACAGAAACUUUGCUAAAACGGUGUUUUUUGGCUGCACUGAAGUAUCGUGUAACCAAAAAGGGUCAAUUGCCAUUGAAUGUUGGAGAAUUUUAUUCACACUAUCUCCUACCAUGUAUACCAUCGGGUCGACGGAUUGAUAUGAAAAAAACAGUGUACAAGAAAUUCAGCGCUUUCCUGGAAGAUAUCAAUAAAAACGGAAGUGAACCCAUUGUAAAACUCAUAGUACAUAAAAAUAAGGGAUCGGAAAUGAUUGCAGAGAUAAAUUGGAUGCACCCACUCUUGAAGAAUUUUGAGAUAAGUGAUGAGAAAAUUGAUAAUAUAAAAAUUGAAAAGAGGCUGAUUAAAGUGGAUGAUUACCUUGCAGUUACCAAGCCAGUUUCAGCAAUUUUUUUUAAUCAACAUGGGAAAGAUAACUUGAUGGACAAGGCACAAGUAAGGCAAAUAAUUACUGCAUAUGUUAAAAACAUGAAUCCAACUAUGAAGGGAAAUCUAAUUUUACCGAGUGAUAAUGUGUUGGUAUCAUUGUUGGGAUCUCGUGAGCCAGUGGACUGGAAUACACUGUUCCAAAAAAUUAUUUCAAAAAUGACGAAAACCUAUGUAAUUACUUGGCCUGACGGACGACAACUGAUGCGGAAGUCAACGCUGCCAAAAAUUACAUUUAAGAUUGAAAGUCGCGCUGGCAAUAAGAAAGUUACGUUAGUGAAUAAUCUAAGUAUUUACGGAAUCGAUUCUAAAAGAUUUUGUCACGAAAUACAGACAGGUGUGGCGACAAGUGCUGUUGUUGUGAAUAAUGCUGCAGAAUGUGAAGGUUUUCAAGUUUUGGUGCAAGGAAACCAAAUUCUCUUCAUCAGCAAUCUUCUUUCCAAAUACGGUAUUGAAAAGAAGCAUAUGAUAGGUCUCGAACUCAUUCCAAAGCAAAAAUAG